AUGGGUGUCGCCGGAGGCCUCUGGAAGGACCUCGACGGUGGCAUCAUCUCCACCACCACGAAGGAAGCCGCCAUCGCCCAACUCAAUGGAAGGAUCCCGACGGUCGCAUCAUCUCCACCACCACGAAGGAAACCGCCAUCGCCCAGCUCAAAGCCCUCAGCGACUGAUUGUGGUUGCAAAAAAGAAAGUGAAAAAUCUAUCUUGGUGACGUUGAACUCGACAUCUUCCAAUAGGCCUACUUUGUCCAAAGACAAUGUCUCGAACAACUUGCCAAUGUCUCAAGUGAUGAGCAUAUCAUCUCCUCCACCACCUCAAGCGUUUGGGACACAAGAUAGCAUUGAAGCAAUAACAAAUUUGCAAUGA